UAUGACGGUUUGAGUUUGAGGUUACAUUAUUCCAUCAAAUCGUCUCUCUCUGUUCCAGCGGCUGCCGCCAUUUCUGGAGUGAAAAUGGAGUUUGUUUAUAAAAUAGUUGACAUAGCUAAGAGAGCUUCAAACAACAAUACAGUGAUCAAUGUUGGUUUGGUUGCUUCGUUUGCAAUAUUGGGAGUGAGAUCUAUGAAUCAGCAAAACCUUAUUGAAGCAUUAGAAGCUGAGAAGGAAUCUCUAACAAAAUCCAAUAAGUCAAUUAGAAAGACUCUAUGGGAUUGGAAACAGCAGCUUUAUGCUGAUGCUGCAACUGAUUCGGCUUCGGUUCCCUUGUCAAGACUACAAGCGAUCUAUGGCGAAGCCCCGCCUCCUGAACAUUCUACCACUGGAGAUACUGUGACGAAAGAUGCAAAUUCAACUGGUCCAGCCAAAAUAAUGAUCUGAGAUCUACAUUGUUGUCGGGAUUUUAGAAGUUUUUAGUGUUGGAAGGCUGUUAAUAAAAUAUUUUCUAAGAGAGCAGAAACAUAUAAUCUUGUCAUCUUUUUUUUUUCUUUCUUUCAUUGGCAAGUAAAUGUAGAACAUGGAGGAAGUUAUACAGGUGGAGAUUUUAGUGGAAGGACAAAAACACAUUUUUAUUUCAGCAAUGCUAUUUCAAGCGAAUUUUUUUAUCA